AUCGUAUGCAUAGAUAGGGCCGAGUAUUCGUUCACUAAUAGGGAUGGAUCUGGAUUAUUUGGUCGGGAUUGAUCUGGAUUAGAACAAGUCUAUCUCAUUAGGUUUGCAGGAUGGAUCUGGAUAUGCGGUCUCCAUCGAUCCAUGAACAAGUAAGUCCAUCUCAUCUCAAAAACUCUUGCGUUCAAUCGUGGGCUCAACUGAACGCUUGGUUGGCUGCUCCUCCUUUCUGUUCUGGGAGUGGGAGCUACAUAAAACGUGGGCAGUUUUACGGCAUUUCAAGGGCGGGGUUUGACUGAAAUGAAACUGUGGAGGCUUCCUGUUUCCUCACUACUCUUGCUUCUUCUUCCGCUGCUCUCUUUUCUCUCCCUGGGACGGGGUGAAGAAAGAAAGGGAUGAUGAGAUGAACGACCUGUCGUGGAGGGGCCGCGAUGGCAGGGAAGCCUCGUUCUGGUCGACCAUCCCCAGGGCGGCCACCUGCACGCUCCUCUUCCUCUUCGCCCUCGGCGUCUCCGUCUUCGCAUUCGUCCUCUUCGCCGUCCACAACGCACUCUUUCUCCUCAUCCUCCUCGCGCUCUCUGCCCUCCUCCUCGCCCUUCUCUUUUGGAACGCCUGGAACUGGAGGCAUCGCGCCCUUUCCUUCUUUCUCUCCCGCCUUCCCGAUUCCGCUCUCGCCACAGCCGCAGAGGGACACUUCGUCAAGGUCACCGGGGUAGCUACGUGUGGGAGUGUGGCGCUUGAAUCUUCAUAUGAGAAGGCAGCCAGGUGCGUGUACACCUCUACAAGCUUGUACGAGUACGGAGGGCUCGCUUCCUUGUUUAAUGGUGGUUGGUCCAUUUGGAGGUUAGCAUACUCAGAGAGAUUCGUUACAGAUUUCUAUAUAACAGAUAGGAUCUCUGGUUUGAGAGCCACAGUAAGAGCUGGAUUUGGUUCCAAAGUUUUGCCAUUGAUUGAUGAAAACGUUCUGGUUAACACCAAAAGCAAGAGUCAGCCCUUGUCACCAUAUCUGAAGAGUUGGCUAGCAGAGAGAAAUCUAGAGGAUGGAGCGUGCUUGUUAUGCUUAGAGGAAGGGUACAUAGAAGAAGGAAAGAGAGUAUGUGUAAUGGGAGUUCUGAAAAGGUCCGAAGAUGGCAUUGCAAUAGUUGAACCACCUGAGUCUGUCCCUACUGGAUGCCAAUGGGGAAGACUGCUUUUUCCUCUGGAAAUUGAUGGAUUAAUCUUGAGUUCCACUUAAAACAGUGAUUCAAGAAAGCGUCUGCUGGCCAACAUAAUUAAUGGCUGGUGGGCAGGCCUAAAAGCCGUUUGAAGGAAUCAUAUCAGGGAAAAUUCUUCUCGUAAAAUUCCUAAAGGCUUCACAACGUCUGAUUUCUCCUCUGCAUCAAACUGUUGUCCGCGGUUUGUCCAGCGUGAACACCGAGUUUCUACAUGUACAACAGAGACAAGGCUGAUCCGUUUCACAAUGAAACGGAUUUCCUCGAUGCGCUGCCUUGACAACGGCCCACCGAAGGACGAUCGUGGUCAAGUUACUGAACUUGGAGACCUGACAGGAGUUUGAUAUUUGGUUUCUUGUCUAGAGGGAGGGGCGAUUGGUUGCUGGUUGAACUUCUAUUGUUGCUCUGAAUCAUAAUUGAUUGUUUGGAUCUUUCUCUCUCUC